AUAGACAUAUCUGUGGCGUCGUCGCUAAGCGGAUCUUGUUUAUGAUCAACAUUUUCCUUUACAAAACAUAAUUAAUGUCUAUUUAUUGAAUUUAUCGCAUAUUUUGAUAAAUAUCAAACAACUUAAUUGUACAUUUCGUGUAAUGUACAUCCAGUGUCAAAGUACGCAUAUAAAACGUGGCUGGAAUCGUACAGUUUACAUUAAAAAGACCAAAGUUUUUUUCUCCUCCGAUAAAGCGGGAAACCUCCGUUGUGACGCGCAUUAUACCAAUUUAUUUCGUGGAGAGGUUCGCUAGAAUUUCAUAACCGUCUUGUUAUGUGUUCAUUUAGACUUUGACAGUGCAAUUGUGACAUACUUUGCAAAAUUUGACAAUGUCGGAUGAAAUGGCGAUUGGUGAUAAUGCUUCUAAUGAAGAAGUGAAGGUAAACGGUGAUGAGACAGUACCAGAGGGCAGCGAGGAUGCCGAAGCAGUAGCUCCGGACCCACCCACUGAGGCUGUACUACUUAAAACAGAGGAGCCGUCUGUUUCUACAGAAGAUGUAGGAGAUUCAAAGGAGAGUGAUACAGAAGCAUGUGCUGUAAAUAAAACGGAGCCAGAUGUAGAACAAGAGCAGGAAGAGGCUGUUGCAGGAGAUAAACUCGACACGGAGAUGAAAGAUGAUGAUGAUGACAAACGAGGAAUCAAACGUAGAGCAUCCGCUGCUUUCAGUGAUGCUGACGAUGAACAGUUUAAAGGUUUUGAUUCUGUCGAUGACAAAGAUGUGUCUGUAGACUACGGCCGAGUUAUUGAACGUCUGGAAGCGGAGGUGUCAGCAGCCACAAAGGAUUUCACUCCGUUGCGGAGUGUGAUGGCUAUACCGUCCGUACCAGUCAGAGCCAGCAAACGGGCUAGGCAAGACACUGAUGGAUCGCGGCCUUCGUCAGCCUUAUCAUCAAGGUCUGAUGGAGAUGGGAUCGUAUCCACUGAUGCGCAGGGCGCGCGCGGGCGUCGCACUGGCGCGGAGAUGUGGUCGCCGCUGCUGCGCGUGCCGCUGGAGCGCGGCUGGCGGCGCGAGCUGGUCUACCGCGCCGCGCUCGACGCGCACUCGCGCCGCAACGCGGACAUCUACUACUACACGCCGCAGGGCAAGAAGCUGCGCUCCACGCGCGAGGUGGCAGAGAAUCUCUCCGGGACUGGGCUGACACUGGAAAACUUCUCGUUUUUCAAAGAACCCUUGGGAGUCGACGAUCCCGAAAAAGAGAUAAUACGCGACGCGAAGAUGAUCCGGCGCGUAGAGUCGCCGGUGUCGGCGGCGCCGCCGCAGCCCGUGGAGGGCAAGCGCACGCCGAAGCCCAAGCCGCCUAAGGGCGCCAGCCCCGAGCCCGCCAUCAAGUCGCCGCCUGCUAAGCUCAAGGUGAAAUCGGUGGGGUCACGAUUGAGCAGUGCACAGGCCGCCGUAACCCCCACGACAACACCCAAGCAACAGAAGAAGGCCCAGCCAGCGCCCAGCGCCGAUAACAACAACACCGCCGCCUGGAAGAAACCCAGUGAGGAAAAACGCCGAGGCCGCGUCGCCAACGGCGCGGCGUCGCCGCCGGCCGCCAGCGCGGCCGCCGCGUCCCCGCGUCGAGGCCGCGGCCGGCCCCGCAUCGAUGACACCGACUACUUCACAGCCUUCUACCAGAAGGCGCAGGAGAAGAACUACAAUGUUGUCGUACAGAUAUUCCAAUAUUUGGGCAUGCGCGACUUGGCACACUGCGCGCGCGUGUGCAAACUGUGGCAGCAACUCGUCUCCACGCCCGCCCUCUGGCGGCACAUCAGGAUGAAAAAUUCACAUGUAAGCGACUGGGGCGGGUUGUGUGAUGCACUGAAACGACACGGCACGAAGCGGCUUGAUCUACGCAAGAUGUUGCUGCCACAGAACGACACUGUAUUCUGGGAACAAUUCGCUGAACACAUAUCCAAAGUAGACACACUAGAGAGGAUCGAGAUGUGCCGGUGCCCGGCGGCGGCGGUGGAGGCGCUGUGCCGCGUGGGCGGGCUGCGCGCGCUGUCGGCGCUGGCCAUCCGCGACGCGCGCCUGGACCCGGCGCCGCUGGCGCGCCUGCCGCUGCUGCACGAGCUGCGCCUCAAGAGCCUGGCCGGCCUGUCGCUGGCGCGCGACCUGCGCCCGCUGGCCGCGCUGCACCACCUGCGCCACCUCUCGCUCACCUCCAUCAAGGAGCUGGGCUGGUGCCUGGUGGACGUGGUGGGCGAGCUGGGUGCACUGGAGGUGCUGGAGCUGGGCGAAUGCUCGUUCCGCGCCGAGUUCGCGGGCGCGCUGCGGCGCCUGGCGCGGCUGCGGCGCCUGCGCCUCGAGCGCGGCACCGCCGCCUGCGCCGCGCCCGCCAUCCUGCGCGCCGCCGCCCGCCUGCCGCGCCUCGCCGCGCUCGAGCUCGUCAACGUCGACGUCAAGGUCGGUUUCGACGAUGCGUUAGCCGAGUGCAAGAACAUCCAGCGUCUCCUGAUCAUACCCACUUACGUGUCGCAAUCCGCCACCACCAACAAACAGGUGUUGAGCGGUGUGCUGCGGCUGAAGGACACGCUGACGCACCUGAUGUGGGGCGUCACCAUCGAGCUGCUGCGCGUCACCGAGCUGUUCAUCGACCAGUGCGAGCAGGGCGCCGACCGCCGCAAGGACGUGGGCGAGUGCAUCCCCGUGCUCAAGCCCGUGCCCGGCUGCCGCCUGCCCGACCACCGCCACACCGUCGCCGGCCCGCCGCAGGUGGAGAUUCUUCCGCUGCCAACCCUCCAGCGGCUAUUAUCGGCGCAACUGCCGACCACCAAACUGAAACUGUUGCGCAUACCCUUCCACGCCACCUGGCGGCAGUCGCUUGCAGACUUCCAGUAGCGAAUCACGUGUGACGGUACACGCACAGCACACUAUGUAUAUACAUCCGAGACAUUCUGUCCACUGUAUAGUGUGUUUGCAUGGAAAUUAAACUUUACUAGAAUAUCGUUGGUGUGCAUUUGACGAGAGUAUUUCUUAGGACUAAAAUUGUUCUUACUCACGUUUUUGAGUUCCAAAUUUAAAUGUCAAAUUUUUUUUUAUGAACUGUAAGUGGAGAAAUGUUGAAAUUAUUAAAAGUGUUAUACUUUAGUUCAAAGGUCUUCUUAGUACUUUCUAGAUUCUUCUGUAUAGCGCAGCUUUUAGAUAAAUUUACAAUAUAAUUGUAAAAAUAAAGGUGGCGCAGGAGAAAUGAUUAUUUGAUAAGAGGUGAUUGGAUGCGACUGUUUCUAAUUAUUAAUAAUCGUUUAAGAGAUUUAUACGCGCGACACUAAAAUACCUUAAGGUAUUAAUUUUAUAAAUUAAAAUUUAUAUUAAGAGAUUUUUUACUAAGGAACUUAUUCUAAAAUUUGGUAACACUAAAUUUGUAUUGGGGUCUAUUCUGAAAUGUCAUUUUUUAAAGCUAUAUCUAAAACGUAAAUUUUAACUUGGCAUUAUAGUGAACCUGUAUUAUUAGACCACUAAAUAACUAAAUAUCAAGUGGUUAAUAACCUUUAUUUCGCACUCAAAAUAAUAAAAUGGGAAACAUUGUUUUUUUACAAAAUUGUGCUUUACAAAAGGCGGCCUUAUUUGUAAUAGCAAUCUCUUACAGACGACCUGGUUCUUCAUUGUAAUCAUUUGAAUAGUAUUAUGUGUGGGUAAUGUAUAUUAAUAUCUAUGUAUUGUAGUUCCAAUAUCUAUAUAUUGUAGUUUUAAUAUUUAUGUAUUGUAGUUACAAUAUCUAUGUAUUAUUGUUACAAUAUCUAUGUAUUGUAGUUACAAUAUCUAUAUAUUUUUGUUACAAUAUUUAUAUAUUGCAGUUACAAUAUAUAUGUAUUGAUUCAAUAUCGGAUGUAUUAUUAAUUCAUUAUCAAAUACAUAAUAUCGAAAUGAAUAUAGAUAUCCGACUGGUAUGGGUGAUAUCAUACGUUACGACAUUUUUCCCACCACUAGAGGAACCCAAUAUAUAGAUAAACGGUACAGAUAUUACCCGUAUCUAGUUCUGCAAAGUUAAAAAGUUAGUUCUGUCUAGUUACUGACACCAUAGAUUUAUUUUUUACAGGUUCUUAGAAUAUUGAUUCCACUAUCAUAUAUCAUAUGUCGGCAAUGCGCGCGUAAUACCUCUGGUAUUGUAGGCGUUCAUAGGCUACCGUAACCGCUUACCAUCAGGUAGGCCGUAUGCUUGUUUGCCACCUGUGCUAUAAAAAAAAUAUCAAUUGAAAAUGAUGACGGUUACCACUUUCCAUCAGGUGGGCCGUCAGCUUGUUUGCCAUUCUAAGUUGUAUAAAAAAAAUAUAUGUUCUAGCUAUAGAGAAUGGCGUUUCAUUAUUGACGCAUCUCUAUUCCAAAUGCGAAGUCAUCGACAUAUAGUAAAACUUUUUUUUUUUUUAAUUGAACCUCUUUUCCACGUCAUAGAGUUUAAUUUUGUACGUACUGUAUAGGACUACGUAUUUGAAAUAGAAUUAAUGAAUGUCUAACUAUACUUUUUAUUUGCACUAUAUUGUAAUUGUUUGUAUCUAUAAUAAGUUUACUAUUGUAAGCUUUUGGAGGAAACAAUAAAGUGCAUCUAUCUAUCUAUCUAUAUAACAUAGGAAAUGAUAACACAUAAGCAAUAAUACAGUGAAUAUAUAUGUAUAAGUAAAUAUAUAACAAUUAUAUGUAUAUUAACACCAUUUCAAACACUAUACGAAAUUCACACUCAAGAAUAUUAAUUUAAUACAAAGUUAAGAGAUACGAUAGAAUACGCGAGGCGGAUCAUUUUUUAUAUGACUUCAAAAAUGCUUCAAUGUUUGCCUAAACUCACAAUUUUGUGCAUGAAACUAGAACGCAAUUUAUCCCUUAUGGGUUUAUGGGUUAAACUAUGUAUAAAAAUACCAACUGUAAGACUUAGAUAAAACACAAUUCAAGAAAAUAAAAAUAUUCAAAAACAACAAAAUGUAGUGGUACUGGAUUUUUUUUUGCAAUUUUUUUCUUAUAUCGUAGUAAAUAUAUAUUUAAAUACAGAGUAUUAUUGAUAUGCAUAUAUCAAUUUCAGAAGAUCUAAAAUUAAAAUCAAUAACAAAAGGCUAUUUUAAUAAUAUAAAGAAUAAUGCUUUAUUUAAUAUUAUCCGCAUAGUCUAGGGGAUUUAAAAGUGCAUAUUAAUGUGGCAAAAAAAAAAAAUUAUGAAUUAUGUAUAAAUCCCCCAAAAUUUUAUCAUAUUUUUAUCUGCUACCACGUGAUCGGAAACUAUCUGAAAUGUAUGAUGACGUAAUAUGGAAGUAAACAACAUAUUUGUCAUUAAUAUUCCUUUGCAAUUAUAGUAGUGAUGCGCGAAUCGAAAUGGUUUAGUUAUUCGAAUAAUUAGUAAUUACUAAAUUUAUUAAUAAACUGCUAAAUCAAAAACUUAGGACAACUAUGUGACAAUAUUGAAUUCUAACCUCAAUCAUAAAUAAAAAUGUGUUUGUGUACUUCAACAGAAAAUAGUUGAAUCAUUUACAUUAGGAUUUCUAUGAAUAAGUUGUAACAAUUUUUUUUUAUACGACUUAGAAUUGCAAACAAGCUGACGGCUCACCUGAUGGAAAGUGGUAACCGUCGCCUAUAGACAUGAGCUGUGCCAUGGACAUAACAGAGUAUACUGUUUCACCCAUGAUAACCCCCAUGUAUUUCCAUUCCUGAGGAUUCAGGUGUUAUUCCUCUGUACCCUGUAAAUUCACGCCAUAUCCCACCCUUCAAACCGAAACACAGCCAUGCAAACAAUUGCUUCACGGUAGAAACACGAAUAGGACAGAGGUACCCAAGCAAUCGACUUUUGUACAGUCUCCCUUUGGUAUUUUGUGUAUUUAUGUAUUUUGUAUGGGCUUUGUUUUUGGUACAUUAACGAAUAAUUUUCCAGUGUAUUUAUAGUAGUAUUUGCGCUCAUUACACCAUUGAUACAUUUUUUCUGUUGGGAAACGUUAAACAUUAACAAAAAUAAAUAUUGACCAUACUCGUCUCGUCAUACAUCACACCGGAUGAUUAUUUACUUCCAUGUGACGUCACUGACGCCAUAUUGCUCGAAGGUUGCGUUUCGGCGGCCCAUUUAAAUUAUACUUUUUAUUUGCUACAUUAUUGGGAAAUGUGUAAACACCACUGUAUAGAUGUUUUCUAGAAACCAAUCAAAUAGUCUAUUAUUAAUAUUAAUAGUAUUAUGGUAAUAUAUAUAUAUAUAUAUAUAUAUAUAUAUAUAUAUAUAUAUAUAUAUAUAUAUAUAUAUAUAUAUAUAUAUAUAUAUAGAUAGAUAGAUAACUAUAUAAAGUGUGCUUAAUACAAACACAAAAGCAAUCAUGGAACGCGUAUGAACACGCGUCAAGAGCUUAAGCUCUAUAAAAUUUAAUUUAAUAUCGACUUAAUGAUAAGAUUUUCUAUAGAAAUGUUGGCGAUCGCUGAGAUGUCACUUUGACAGUGACAUUUCUGUUUUUUUUUUUUUUUAUUAUACUCAUGUAACCACCCCAUCUAGAGUGAACUCAGGGACAAUAUGGUCCAUGAAUGUGAUCAAACGAAAAGAGAAUGUUCAACUCUCACAGUUGGCUACACUAUGGUGGCCAAGUGCUUUUUUACGCUACGUUUGUGAUCGAAUUUCAUUUCAGACGAUAGCGAAUUUGCUAUGUUGCUCCAACUGGCCUAAACUUCGUCCUCCACUGGUGCCCCGCCAUUAAAAUCAUUUGCAUAAGCGGGUGCCCCAUUCCAUCGUCAUUUAUUAAACAAACUAUGUAUAAAUAAUAUCGUGCUAAAAUAACACCUAAUAUAUUGCAAAGAAUUAUCUCGCGACCACAGUCGGAGUGGUUUGGUGGAAACUUCGAGAUAACCUAUGAUUGUUUUAACUCCAUAUAACGAGAAAAUUUAUUCAUAAAAAAACGUUAAACAUCUUACAAACCUAUUUUAACUAUUGAAGUGUUUUGUCCUUUUUUUGUUCUAAUUUAUUUUAAGUGAAAGGCAGUGACAAAAAAUCUUUAGUUAAAACAGGUUUGUAGCUUAGCUUGUUUUAGUUCUUAUGAAUAAGGAGGUAAAUGUUAAAUUUUUCAAACUGCUUUUAAUUUUCGUCGACUAUAACGCUAGUGUGUACGAACGGGAAAGCGGCAUAGGCGUAUUUAAGAGGGGGUCGGAUGGGCUGUGCCUACCCUAGUAUUGUUUGGUGCCCACCCAGGAUGCGAACGGAGCUUGAAGCGCAGACAUGUCUGAGAUUAUUAAUGUACCUUUAUUAAGGGGCUGGAUCCCACCUGGAGAAUAAUCUUAAAUGCGCCAAUGAAAAUGGAACUAUAGACUUGUAAUAAAUCUUCUUUCUUUAAAGCACCUAUCAAUAGAAUUAUAUGCUAAUUUAACCUACUUAUUAAGAAAAUAGCCUUAUGCAAAUCCAAAAAAUAGUUGUUUUCUGCAUUACAAGCUUCAAUUAUUCUUAUUUUUUUUUUAUUGUACACAGAUAUGGAUAAAAAUUCAUUUUCAUGAACGCAUCCAUUGUGUGUAAUCGUAAAAAUAAUAUGGUCGAUUUAUAUAUAAAUUUUGACGAGAAUGCUAACGCUUGCAUCAUAUUUCAUGAUUCAGGGCCCGGGAUAAUCAUUCUCGUUAAAAGUAUACACUUAAAUCUAAUCCGGUGACUUACAAUUAAAAUAUAUUUUUUAAACGUUUUAAAGUUGACAUUGUUUAAAUUGGCAGCAGUUGCAUUCUAAAGGAGCUGCGGAAGAUAAAAGAUUAAAAUGCAAAAGAAUUGAUAAGUUUCUUUUUUCUUCUAUAAAAUAUAUAAUCUGUAGAAGUGUUUUCUCAGUACUUUGUAUAUAAAUAUAUCUUAUGUGGUAUAUAACAGAGCUCUAUUCUUACCAACUAUAAGAUAUGCAUGCUACAAAUUGUUUUUGUUUUCGAAUAAUUUAAUUUUUACGUGAUUCAAGCAUGCACCUGAAUAAAUUUGUUUAUUUCGCAAAGGAAACGCAAUGUGCGGAUGAAAUAAUUAGCUCUUAUUAUUUUUUUCUUAACAAAUAUAUAUUGUAAAUAUAUUUUUUUUUAAACGUAGACUAGUGUAAUCAGUGCCUAUAUGGGAACAUUUGUUUUGUCUAUGCCCGCACCGUUUAGUGUGAAGUGAGUUACAAUUGCAAUAUAGGUGCUGAUCUAUUUGAAAAAAUUAUGUAGCAAUUUAUUCAAAUACAUACAUAUAUUAUUUUUAAGACAUGUAUAUGCUAAGUACAAUAGAUUAUCAUGGAGAGGCAAUGUGGCGUGGGCUAUGAAAGCUUUCGUGGAUUAAAUAUUACCUUAAAACGCUGGUUUGUUAAUAUUUGGCUAAUUAUUCAUUAUAUUAUAUUUGUAUUGGUCAGAAAUGAUCAACAAAUCUAAAUUGAAUUUUAUUUUAGUAGGCCUAUUCAAAAGAUCUUUGAAAUCGUUAUAAUGUUUGUUGUAAAUUGUACUGUAUUAAUUUAAAUCGAUAUAAUUAGCAACAUUUUAAAGCUUCUCUCUUACCAGUGAUACGUGUAACAAACGAAUCCGUCUAUAGAUACGUUUACGCUACCAUUUAAGGUAGGUAGUGGCGGCAUACAUUCCGAGUCCAGCGCUUUCUAAAUCGCGUCAUAACAGCAACUCUGUCGUCCUUAUUCAUAAAGACUAAAGCGUACAAGAAUAACUCCCCUCGGGUUGCAGGUGUUGGGCGACGGUAGUUGCUUUCUAUUAGAUGGACUGUCAGUUUGUUUGCCUCUCUAACAAUAAAAAAAUUACUACAAACCUAUUUUAGCUAUUAAACAGUUUUGUCACUUUCUAAUUGGGAAUGUAGCAUAAAAGAAAGAGACAAAACAGUUCAGUAGCUAAAAUAGGUUUGAAAUAUUUAAUGUUUUUAUGAACGUUCUCAGCGUUGUAUCUAUCGACAGAUUCGUUUGUUAUUUCACGUGCAAAUUUCCAAAAAAUGUGUCUAAAAAUGACAAAACGUUUUAGUCUCUCAUACUGACACGACGCGUCCAGAUGUCUAGUUUGUAUAGAGGCUAUAUACAGGUUGUAAGGGACAGAUUGGCAAAAACUGAAACAGUGAAUUCAGACCAUUAUUCUGAAUUAAAAACCAGUGAAAAUUCUUUCUGGAAAAUUUCUAAACUUUUUCCUGUAUUUUUUUUCAUUUUAAAUCAUGUAAUCUAUGAUAUUAUGUCAUAAUAUAAAGAAAUAAUAAUAUGUUAUAAUGAAACUAGCUGACCCCGUAAACGUUGUUUUACCACUUAUUGUGAAAUAUAAAAAUCGCGAUUACAAUACAGGGGUUGAUCGUAAAACGAUGAAAAUUUAAAGUUUUAUGUAUUUUUCAAUGCUAAAUUAUAAUAAAAUAAAAAUAAAAAAUUUGUCAAAAUAAUAAAAAAAAUAUUUUGGGGUGGGUCACCCUUAUCAUUUAAGGGUAUGAAAAAUAGAUGUUGGCUGAUUCUCAGACCUACACAAUAUGCACACAAAAUUUCAUAAAUAUCGGUAAAGCCGUUUCGGAGGAGUUUGGUAACAAACACCGUGACACGAGAAUUUUAUAUAUUAGAUACUAUGAAAUACCAAAAAACUACAACAUCCUUAAAUUUUACCGUGACGUGUGGAAUUAGCUGUGUAAGGUUAACGUUACAAGUGCACGAAAACUACCUACGAAGAAGCGCCGUUGAUCGCGCGUUGUAGGUAUCACGCGUCAAAUUUUAAAUACAUUGCGCGGUGGCAAAACUAAAAAUCGUUUAUUAAUAUGACUGGUGCAUUUCCAGUGGGAAAGUAAUCUGCAAUCUGAUUCAAACCAUUCAUCUGAAUCAGUUGUUUUCCUUUUGGUCAAUUUGACCCUUCCACCCUGUAUAAUGUACAAUGAUCUUUGCACCAAAAUGAUAAAAUGACAUUAAAACAGUUAUUAUAUCAAAAAGUUACAGAUACCCGUGUUUUAAAGCUGUGAUGAUGUUGGUUUAGCUCAGGGGUCUCCCAACUUUCAAGUCUUAAAGCCACAAUGGGUUUUCCAGUAUGGUCCAAGGGCCAAAAUAAUAAACAUUGGCUGUCGUGGGCCGGAUUGAUGGCACUGGCGGGCCAGAUUUGGCAUGCAGUCUGUAGUUUGGAGACCCCUGGUUUAGAUCAUUAACAGUGCCUACUUUUAUGAGAUUUUUUUGUUUUACGUACUAAAUACUGUAAGUGUACAACACGAAUGUCUAGAUUAGUUGGAUAUGCUGGUAUAUUGUGAAAAAUAUGAAAUUGUGGAUACAGAUUACACUGAAAAUAAUUGCGUUUUCUAAAUCAUAUCAUAUUGUUGAAUUACACUUAAUCUCAAAGUGUAACUAACAUACUGUUUUUCUAUUAUUAUUAUUAUAAAAUUUUUUCAUCACGCUAACUUGUGUAAAUUUAAUUUUUAUUUUAUAAAUUUAUCGAGAAAAUAUUUAUUAACUGAAAUUAUGAUAAUAUUGCCUAUACAAAAUUACAUACGAGAGUGUCUAUUAUUUGUUAAUGUGGUGAAACAUAUUUUUAUUUCUGGAGCGUGUCGUGUGUGCGGGGAAAGUGUAAAAUAUUUAUUGGAUAGGUUUUUGUAAAGUAGGCACUUAGUAUUUUUACAGUGAAUUUUAAUUCUCUCGAAGUGUUAAUAGAUUUUGCGAUAAAUAAGUUAGAUAUAUUAAUAAUAUAGCUCAUACGGCGGCCGGAAUUCGUUUGUCUAUUAUAUAUAACUUAUUCGAAAAUAUACAAUCCAUGACUCGGGAGUUGCGAGCAUUAUUUUAUGUUAGACACAAAGGUCUAUUGUGUAAAAUCUCCUUCAGAUUAUAUUGUAUUUUUAUUGUAGUUGAUAAAUUCGGGACGUCCCUGAAAUGGCGUAUUUUUAUGUAAAAAUUGCCUAUAAAAUGACGUCGUAAUGACGUGUGCGCACGUUUCGGUCGCGUCCCGAUAGGUUAAUUAUGUAGAUUAAAGACAACUUGCUAGUAAACAUAGGCGACUUAUAAUAAAUGGUUGCCUUAUAA